GUCAGAAAUCCAUCGCAUUCAGCUUUGUUGUCUGAUCAUCAUUAGCGCUGCACUAUGGGGCCUCCUGCUAUUGAGCGACAUGCUCGUGAUUACGGUAGUUCUACUUAUGACCGGACUAAGUAUAGGAAUUAUUGCCUGUUCGAUACCGUACACUUUCAUCAUAGCCUUUCACGAGGAAUACUUUGGAAUGAUUCAUGUUCUCUACGUAUUUCUAGCAAUCGGAAAAUUAACGGCCUCGCUCAUUUUUCACACUUCUGCAGAAUACAGUUGUGAUGAUACAGCAGAAAUUCUAGGAUUUUCACAUAUGGCAAGCCUGGAAAAAUUCCAUAUCAUCGACGAUAUCGAUAUACAACAUGUGCUCAUCUGUUUCACUGUUGCUCAGUUACCCAUUGUUUACCUCCUAUAUACAACUAAAACGGAAGUUGAACCAACAAUUCACCAAAGACCUCGCGCUGAUUAUGAGGACAUUGAUCACGGCGCUAAUCAGGAAACGCACGCGCUCAAACUCGUCCUUUUAUGUGCAGUAGUGGGCUGUAUCGCUACCGUAAUCCAUAGUCUAUUUCCCUUUUUACUGUUGGCGCAUGAGGGUGGAGCUAUGGAGUACCAAAUAUUUUUGGCAGCUAUGGUGCUCGGCCGACUUGUAGCAGUUCUACUAGCAGAUGAAGUCGCAUCAUAUUUUUACAUGGGAAUCAGCAUCAUUGGCUGCGGAGCUGCUUGUUGUGCUUUCACAUUUGAUAAGGGCUUAUGGCCUGGGUCCGCAUUAUUUGGAUUUUUCCUAUCGACUAUUCUACCAUCAAUGAUCGCGUAUAUAAGGCAUACAUUAUCGUUGCCAGCUGAGCGAAUUUUUGCUUUGAUGUCUGGGUCUUCCAUGGGACAUGUGAUCUACCCACUAUUCUUGACGCUAGCAAACUCUAGUGAAAGUCGAAUAUUCAUAGCUAUUGAUUUUUUCGCUAUUUUGUUACUGGUACUCCUCUACGUCUCUAUUCUGAAUGUGCAAGCGCAGACAGAGAGAACAGGAGCCUCCCAAGACUCGCUGAAAAUCUUCAUCGAUCGAUUUUUCUCUGGUGAAGCAAUGCUGAAACGGACGAGAUCGCUCCGACCUCUGAUCUCCAGACUGAGACCAAACUCGUACAGACGUUUCCGGGGGCGGAACGUAUCCGCUACCUCGCAUUCAUCUGACGUACCCAAAAUAGAAGUCACACUUGAAAAGACGCCUCAAAUACAGUACAACUGA